GGCCCGGCAGUCACUGCCGCGCCGAAGAUGUCCGGGGUGUCAGUGGGCAAGGAGAAGGUUGGGGAGGCGCGGCUGGUCUCGCUGCCCCUCUCCCGCAUCCGAGUCAUCAUGAAAAGCUCCCCCGAAGUGUCCAGCAUCAACCAGGAGGCGCUGGUGCUCACGGCCAAGGCCACGGAGCUUUUUGUGCAGCACCUGGCCAUCUGCUCGUACGGCCACGGCGGGGCCCAGGACAAGAAGGCGCUGACCUACGGCGACCUGGCCAGCAUCACGCAGCAGUCGGACGCGCUGCAGUUCCUCACAGACAUCCUACCCAAGAAGAUCCUGGCCAGCAAGUACCUGAAGAUGCUGAAGGAGAGGCGGGAAGAGGAAGACAGCGACGCGGAGGCCGGCUCCUGAGCGCUGAGCCCUCGCUGGGGCCCUGCAGGUGGACAGCGGGUACCGGGCCUGAGCCUGCACCUGCACGCUGGGCCUUGGGGGGCUCCCCCACAGCGAGGCCAGCUCGUGCCUGCUGUGGUCCAACGUGUAUUCCGUGCAUUUCGGCGUUUCAAGCAGUUCGGGGGACGCUGUGUGCAGGUGCUAAUUUCCUAUGGUGAAGGACGUCUUUUCUAUUAAAGGCACGGGCACAUUUUCACAG